CUUUAUUGACAGCGGAAGUAGUUCUUGAGAGGGAAGGAACAACGCACGUGUAUUCCUUAAUCUGAAGGUUAAAUAAGCCGGUGGUCGGGUGUGUUUGUUGGCCGCUGAGAGUGGUCAUUUGGACGGUUCGAUUUUGGAGAGAGUACGGUCUGGAGCGGGCACAACGCAGACAUGGACCCAGAGAAAGCACAGCAACUGGCGGCGGAACUGGAAGUGGAAAUGAUGGCUGAUAUGUACAAUCGGAUGACCAACGCGUGCCACAGGAAGUGCGUGCCCCCCCACUACAAGGAGGCGGAACUGUCUAAAGGGGAGGCGGUUUGUCUGGACCGCUGUGUGGCCAAGUACCUGGAUCUACACGAGAGGCUGGGCCGCAAGCUCACCGAGCUCUCCGUUCAGGACGAGGAGAUGAUGAGGAAGAACGCUAUUGGACAAUAAUAUAUAUAUAUUUUUAGGGAGGGAUGGGGGUGGGUUAGUGCUAGGGUUACUAUGCUUUCUGUGCAAGGGGGGGGGCGGGGUAGAGAGGGAGAGCGAUAGGGUGGGAUGGAGUGAUGGGGUGGGUUUUAAAAAAAACAUGGCAAUUAUGGAGGGGAUGGAGUUGCUGUCCAGAGUGGGUAGGGUGUGUUUGAAGAGCAAGGUGCUUGUAAGGAAGGUUUGUUUGUGAUUACGUUGUGGAGCGGACAUUGGGAUGGAUGAAGCCUGUUUUGUGUGAAGUGGUUGUACUUGUGGUUUGAGCCAAGAUAAUUUCUUUUUUUUACCACAGCAAAGACACUAAUAUGCAUUAUUACCUAUUUUAUGUUCAGCCAAUCAGUACUUUUUCUGCAUCGUGUGUAACUAGGGAAACUGGUUGCAGCUUGGCCCUUUUUUAGUUAUGUGGGCGUGUCAAAAGUGAUGAUGAAUUGAGAAAUCCUCCAAUAAUGUUUAAUAAAACGCUUUCAGUGUUCCAUAGUGCAGUAUUCUUCAAGCCAUUUCUUAGGGGGACACUGGGAGGUGCGCCUUUUUGCUCUAGCCCUGGACUAAUACACCUGGACUAAUACACCUGUCUCAACUGCUGAAGGGCACCCGUUGAGCUCAUAUCCCUAGUGUCUCAGAGUAGGAGUGCUGAUCUAGGCUUGAUGAGUACGGGCCCUUGUCCUGGAGGAAUAGAUGGAGACACUGCUGUAGUCAAUACCAGGACCAUGCCUAUAUGAGCCAUUUCUUUACAUUUUGACCCACCUCAGUUUGUUCAUUUGCUUUGUAUUUUCUUCAUGUUGAAACUGUACAAAUGUUGUACAAAGUUUUCUUUUGUGACAUUUUAGAAACCUUUUUUUGUUUGUCGUUUUAAAUCUGAAUAAAUAUCGUUAUAGUAUAUAUUUUAGUUAUGCAUUCUACACUGUAUUUUCUUCACAGUAAUACAAUAACACUGUACUUAUAUUUAUGUUCCAAAUGGCACCCUUUUUCCUAUGUAGUGCACUAUUUUUGACCAGAGCACUAUGGUCCUUGGUCAGGAGUAGUGCACUAUAUAGGGAAUAGGGUGCCAUUUGGGAUGUAUAGCCUUAUUCAAUGUUAAACAUUGCAGGAAAAUAAGGUGUUCAAUCUCAAACAUGUUUUACUUAGACUUGUAUGACUUUUCUCUCAGUUUCUUGAAACCACCCUCCCAUUGCAAAUAAAAUCAACUGUCAAUUUCAA